CAGACACUAGACAGAUUUGCUAUCAAAGCCAGACAACAAUCACAGUGCACCUAGAAGCGGCACUGUGGUGUUGCCUACUCGUUACAUUGUAGCAAAAUGUUGCAGUAUGGGAUUUCUACAUUGCAGAGCCAUUGUUGACACUUUGUAGUUCGAUAAUCAAUCAGUGAGCAGCUGUCGUAAUGCGAAGACAAUUAGCAAGUUUACACCAAGGAUUUAGAACGUCAGGAUAACGGAAUUGCCCAACCACGACGUGUUAUGGUAAUCUGGAAUAGACUUCAAUGGCUGCCACCAUGAGCAACAGAAGGAAGCGUGCCCCACCGGUGAGGGUAGAUGAGGAGGCCAAGAAGAAGCUGAACUGGAACAUGCACGAGGACCGCAGGAUUGAGACUCUACUCCAAGAAGAGGAAGACCAGAUUCCAACCAGCUCAUUUCUGUCCACCAGCCACCACAUCCCAACUGCUUCCCUUCUCUUCACUGGCGACAAGAUUUCAACCAGUUCCCUUCUUUCAACCACCCACCAGAUCCCAACCGGUUCUCUUCUCUUGAGCGCCCAGGAGGACUGUGAGGCAAGCUGCUCCAGCUCAGGAGCUCUGUUGUCAGACCUAGGACUAGGAGAGGACCCCCAGCUCCCUGCUUCCUCCUCCACAGACACCUCCUCCUCCACUUUCCUCUCCCUCACUGUGCUUCCUCUUUCCGACCUGGCUCACAUCUGGAAGUCUCUGAUCGGGGAGUUCAGCCUCCGUCCUCCCCCUCUGUGGGUUAAUCCCCCAGGCUGUGACCAGAGGGCGUUCACCCUUCGUAGGACAGGAGAUCAGUUGUGCCUCAGUUUGACCAGCAGCAGCGAAGAGAGUAGUACAAGUACGGGAGGACUGGAGAUGAGGCCUCUGGAUAGGACCUGCCCAGUGGAGUGUUUCCUGGCUGGAGGGAUAGUAUUGGAGGAGCUGGACUGGCUGCAGAAGAGAAGAGCUGUGCAGCUGUGUCAUCAGCCAGGGGAGGAUGAAAUUAAGAAGUGCAGUGGUGGUUUUUUUCUCCUGUGUCUGUCGGCCUUCCCGCGGCAGGUGGGGAUAUAUGUACUGGAAUCGGGAUUGGGAAAGCCUGAAUUCCUCAGCGAGGGAAACGGACGGAUCAGAAAGGCAAAUCAACUAAUACAGAAGUUAAUGGAGUUUUACUAUGACUUUAUCAUCCCUGAAGUGGUGUCGACCGAGGAGGAGGAGUGUGACACUGACUUGGAGAGGCAGAACGUGGAGGAGCUGUAUGAUUACGUCAGACACCUCCACCAGAGAGAGAACCAGGACGUGAGCAUAGAUGUACAGCACAAGGCUCUUAUCCCAGUCCUCAGGCCAUACCAGAGUCAGGCUGUUAACUGGAUGCUGAGGAGAGAAAAGUACAGGAGCAGUAGCGCUUCUCAAGAACAAUCUCUAAAUUUCCUAUGGAGGGAGCUUGUCACAUUGUGUGGGAAGAAGCUAUUCUACAAUCCAUAUACAGGCUGCCUGAUUCGUGAGUUCCCCCUGGCUGGGCUGGAGUGGCCUGGGGGGAUCCUGGCUGAUGAGAUGGGGCUGGGGAAGACUGUGGAGGUCCUGGCUCUUAUACUGAACAACAGCAGACAGGGCCUGAAGCAGGAGGCCCUCACCCUGCCUCUGGGAAAGUCAGUGAAUUAUUUUGUACCGCCUCCACGACCAGAAGAAGAGGAGAUGCAUAUAAUUCAUUGCAAGUCAGAGGCUCAACCUAAAGUGAAAAUAUCCUACCCAACUGUGCGUGUGAUGCUCCUCACGGCAAUAAAAGAGAUGAGGGUUGGUAAAGGAGCAUCGGUCAAUGCCAUCUUUGCGUACAUUCGCACCACGUACCGGUACGACCUCUUGAAGAACCGCAACCACAUCAAGAGGGCCCUGGGCAAGCUGCUGAACGAGGAACUAGUAGAGAGAGUCAAAGGUCGCGGUCUGGCCGGAUCCUUUAAACUCGGGAAGAAAUACAAGGAAACCAAGAAGAAAACCACCACGGCCAAGUCUCAGAGUCCCUCCGGAGACAGUGGGCCCAGGAGAACUUCCCUAAGGCGUGCGGGAAAGAAGGGGAAGACCUCUUAUAAAGACCCUGAUACCCCAGACCUCUCUCCCUCAGAGGAUGUUAGCCAGAGCUGCCUGUCCCCUGACGGUCCUGCUUCUGCAGAGGACAGUAGACAUGAACAGCAGGAGGGACGCCUUGAGGAAGAACGACGCAGCGACACGCUAAGCGCCUCACAGGAUCUGUCACCUAUUGCGGAGGCAGACCGCCCUGAGGAGGACGACAAAGAGACACUCCACAACUCCCAGGGACAGGCGACGGAGCGAGUGGAUAAAGUGGAAGAUGUCCCUGGAGAGAGUAAGCAGCAACCAGGUCCACCUGUCACUCCGGAAAUGCCACCGGCCACCCGGGUGUCGUUCACCCCCUUCAACACCCCAGACUACCGCUUUGAGUGUAUCUGUGGCGAACUGGGUCUCAUCGACUACAAGGCCCGGGUGCAGUGUCUCAACUGCCAGCUGUGGCAGCAUGCAGAGUGUGUGAACUACAAGGAGGAAAGCCUAGACACCACACCAUUCUACUGUCCUCACUGCCUGGUCGCCAUGACACCUGUCCCGACAGGAGCUACCCUCAUCAUCUCCCCUUCGUCCAUCUGUCAUCAGUGGGUUGAGGAGAUCAACAAACACAUCAGCUCCUCAUCACUACGAGUACUGGUGUACCAGGGGGUGAAGAAGCAUGGCUUCAUCCAGCCUCACAUGCUGGCUGAGCAGGAUGUGGUCAUCACCACCUAUGACGUGCUGCGCUCGGAGCUCAACUACGUAGACAUCCCCCACAGCAACAGUAAGGACGGCCGGCGCUUUCGCAACCAGAAGCGGUACAUGGCUAUUCCCAGCCCCCUAGUGGCCGUAGAGUGGUGGCGCAUCUGUCUGGACGAGGCCCAGAUGGUGGAAUGCACCACUGCCAAGGCGGCAGAAAUGGCUCUGCGUCUCUCGUCAGUCAACCGCUGGUGUGUCAGUGGAACUCCUGUACAGAGAGGCCUGGAAGAUCUGUAUGGUCUGGUUCUGUUCUUGGGGGUCGACCCCUACUGGGUCAAGUACUGGUGGGACCAGCUGCUCUACCGACCCUAUCGCCGUGGAAACACAGAGCCACUCUACAACCUGAUUGGUCAGCUGCUGUGGCGAUCGGCCAAGAAAGAUGUCAUUGAUCAGAUUCAGAUUCCCCCUCAGACAGAAGAGGUCCACUGGCUGCAGUUCUCUCCAGUGGAGGGUCACUUCUACCACCGGCAGCAUGAGGUGUGUUCCCAGGACGCUCUGGUUAAGCUGAGGAAGAUCCAGGACUGGAGCCUGAAGCUGGGCAGCCUGGACAGACGCACGGUCAACACCAUCCUGUACCCCCUGCUCAGACUCCGUCAAGCCUGCUGCCACCCGCAGGCUGUCAGGGGAGAGUUCCUGCCCUUCCAGAAGAGCACCAUGACGAUGGAGGAGCUGCUCAAGUCCCUGCAGAAGAAAUGUCGAGUGGAGUGUGAAGAGGUUCACAGACAAUUGGUGUGCGCCCUCAACGGCCUGGCAGGCAUCCACAUCAUCAGAGAUGAGUUUGGUGAGGCAGUGGAAAUGUACAGAGAUGUCCUGAGGUCUUCGGAGGAACACAAAGGACGACUGAAGACUGAUUCCCUGCAGAGGCUUCAUGCCACACACAACCUAAUGGAGCUGCUCAACGCAAAGCACCCUGGGAUACCGCCCACUCUGAGAGACGACCGGUUGAAAGAGGAGGCAGAGCAGCUGAGGCAGCACUACAUGACCAAACACAACGCCGAGGUGUCUGAGGCCUACCAGAAUCUACAGCCUGUACUGCAGAACAUCAAGGAGCUCAAACGCAAAGUCAAUCUACGAUCCCCCUGGUGGCUAGACGUGGUACAGCGGGCCAUACAGCAUAACGUCGAUGACGACCUGGUUUCCCGCAUCCAGAACGAACUGACCUGCAGCUACAAACAGCAGGCCAACAAGUUCUCCAUGGCUGACAAGUUCCGAGAUGGGCGUGGCCUGCAGUUCCUGCUCAGCACUCAGAUGGAGGAUCUGACGAAGUCCCAGAAGUCUGUGCAGGACGCGGUGAAGAGGCUGGAAGGCACACCAUCAGAGGCUGUCAUAGAGGAGACUGUUCUCUGUCACCUCAGACCUGUCCGCCUGCCACUCAAUAACUGUGUGUUUUGCAAAGCAGACGAGCUCUUCACUGAUUAUGAGUCCAAGCUCUUUUCACACACGGUAAAGGGUCAGACGGCUAUCUUUGAGGAGAUGAUUGAGGAUGAGGAGGGGCUGGUGGACGACCGUCUCCCCACCACCAGUAGAGGGUUGUGGGCUGCCAGCGAGACAGAGCGGGCCCUGAAGGCCAUUCUCUCCUUCUCCAAGGCCCGACGCAUGGACCACGACCUGGUGGAAGAAGGAAAUACCUUCAUGGAGCUUUUUGAGAACUGGAAGAAAGAGUACAAGGUGUUGCAUGAGUACUGGAUGGUACUUAGGAACAAUGUGUCAGCCAUUGAUGAGCUGGGAAUGGCCACAGAGAGGCUGCGUGUGAGGCUGCCUGAUGAACCCAAACCCAAAGUACCCGUACUGCACAUCAUAGAACCACACGAGGUGGAUCAGAACAGGGUGAAACUGUUAAACGAUAGAGCAGUGGCUAAGUCUCAGCUCCAGAAGAAGCUGGGCCAAUUCCUUUAUCUCUCAAAUCUAGAGAAGUCCCAGGACAAGGAGACAGGAGGACUAAAUCCAGAACCGUGUCCUAUCUGUGCCCGUCCUCUGGGUCAGGAGUGGGCGGUGCUGACUUGCGGUCACUGUUUCUGUAACGAGUGCAUCGCCAUCAUCGUCGAGCAGUACAGCGUGGGGUCGGGCACGCGGCGGAGAGCCAUCAAGUGUGCCAUCUGCAGACAGACCACGUCCCACGCAGAGAUCUCCUAUGUCUUCACCACCCAGACAGACAACCAGGGGACAGAUAUCCCUGUCAAGGGAAGCCACUCUACCAAGGUGGAGGCGGUAGUCAGGACUCUGAAGAAGAUCCAGCUAACUGACCCAGGAGCCAAGUGUCUCGUCUUCUCCACGGUAACGCAUGUGUGCUUUGCAAACAAGUGGCAGUGUGUGUUGGACAUCAUUGCCAAGGCUCUGUUCGACAACAACAUGGAGUUCUCUCAAAUCAAUGGCAUUCACAAAUUCCAGGAGAAUCUGUGUUCGUUUAAAUACGAGGAGAAGAUCAACAUCCUGCUCCUUCCACUCCACACGGGCUCCAAUGGGCUCAACAUCAUCGAGGCUACACACGUCCUAUUGGUGGAGCCCAUACUCAACCCCGCCCACGAGCUGCAGGCCAUUGGCCGGGUGCACCGCAUCGGACAGACCAAACCCACCUAUGUCCAUAGAUUCCUCAUCAAGUCCACUAUUGAGGAGAGAAUGCAGGCUAUGUUGAAGACUGCAGAGAAAAGCAGCCACAGUGCGACUGCCAUGAAGCACUCGGAGGCUGCAGUCCUGAUGGUGGCUGAUCUGGCUGAUCUCUUCACCGAGGACAGCCUGGAGUAAAACCAUGCCACGACCGCACCUGGCCCUGGUGUGAAGCUGAAACCUGUCCACCAAGCCACUGCAAUACUAAUCCUAACCCAAUCAGGGGCUAGAGCCACAGACGAGGCCGUCGUACAGAUAAGCAGGCUCAAAGCUAAGCAGGCUCAAAGCUAAGCAGGCUCAAAGCUAAGCAGGCUCAAAGAUAAGCGCACACUGCAUCCAGCACACAGUGUUAAUAGUAGACGGAACAGUGAUAUUACACGUAAGACACAAUGGAAUCGUUGUUGAGCAUAUUCCAAUUUUUACGUAGCUGUUCCAAUGGCAUCACAUAAGUUAUAUGGAUACAGAAGAAAACGUAGAAAAGGGAAGCCUGUAAGUAAAGUACCAAAUAUCACUUUGUGUCUUUUUAAACUAUGUGAAGUGGCAGUUUAAUGGUCUUGUUAGAUCUCUCUGUCUGGUACAGUAUGUUUAGUUCACUUGUUGCCACAGAUCUGGACAACUGUGAGGUUUUUAAUGGGUGUAUAUAUGUCUCCCUGCAACACACUCAGAUUCCACAUAAUUCGGAUGAGUAGCUGCUUUUAUGAUUCCAUUUGAUUAGGUUUCACUGAAAUAUUGUGUUUUACCUCAGUAUUCCCUACGACCCACAAUGCAUCUAACAGUAGGUCAUAUAUUAUGUUAAUAGACAUCAAACAUGCUCCUUCUCCAAAUGUUGAUAUUCUGAUGAGGGAAAAACAUUCCAGAUGAUGUAAUCACUUUGGUGAUUGGUUGAGGUAUUCCAUCCCUUUUUAAAGAAUAAAAGGCUGACAUAGGACAGUUGUUUUGAAUCUG